CUCCCACAGGGCACCUCAAGGCCUUUACUGCCUCUCUCCAGCCAGCUCCAGCGCUACAGGACAGGGAUUGGAAUUAAAUGUCAUGCGGAAUAAAGUCAACAUGGCAUUCUGUUAAGAAGAUAGAGCACAUAAGUGAUGUCUACCCGGCUUCAAAGAAAAAACUCAGGAGGCUGUACAUUCAUUUACAGCAGAGUGGAUGAAACCUCCUAUGCUCUGGCUUGGAAACUAGGAGGAAUCACCAACCGAGAUUUGCCAACAAGAGUUCUAUGCUUGCUUUAACCAGAUCAAGUUCCUUAAGUGACUUUUCCUGGUCUCAAAGAAAGCUUGUUACUGUGGAGAAGCAGGAUAAUGAAACAUUUGGAUUUGAAAUUCAGACUUACAGGCUCCAGAAUCAGAAUGCCUGCUCCUCGGAAAUGUUCACUUUGAUAUGCAAAAUACAGGAGGACAGCCCAGCUCACUGUGCUGGCCUGCAAGCUGGUGAUGUCCUUGCAAACAUCAAUGGUGUGAGCACAGAAGGUUUUACCCACAAGCAAGUCGUUGACCUGAUCAGAUCGUCUGGAAACCUGCUAACGAUAGAGACUCUUAAUGGAACAAUGAUUCUCAAAAGAACGGAGCUUGAAGCAAAGCUGCAGGUUUUAAAGCAAACCUUGAAACAAAAAUGGGUGGAGUACAGAUCUCUGCAGUUACAGGAACAUCGUCUGCUUCAUGGUGAUGCAGCUAACUGCCCAAGUUUGGAAAGCAUGGACUUAGAUGAAUCGUCUUUGUUUGGACCCCUGCCUGGGCCAGGACCAGCCUUUGUGGACCGGAAUCGAUUAUCCAGUGAGAGCAGCUGUAAGAGCUGGCUAAGCUCCAUGACGAUGGACAGUGAAGAUGGCUACCAGAUGUGUGUGUCUGAGGACUGCAGCAGGGGUGCCUUCAGUCGGCAGACAAGCACAGAUGAUGAGUGCUUUAUCCCCAAGGAAGGGGAUGAUUUUCUGAGGAGGUCAUCUUCAAGGAAGACCCGAAGCAUCAGUAACACCAGCAGCGGAUCCAUGUCUCCCUUGUGGGAGGGCAACUUCUCAAGCAUGUUUGGGACCCUGCCCCGGAAGAACAGAAAAGGAAGUGUCCGAAAGCAACUCUUGAAAUUUAUCCCUGGCCUUCAUCGUGCUGUGGAAGAGGAAGAAAGUCGCUUUUGACGGAUUGUGGUGUCCUUUCAAAUUAGCUUAUUUCACAAGUAUCUCUGGACUCACCCAGAUCUCAGCUUGGUGGGAAAGUGCAGAUGAAUUGCAAAACUGACAUCCCAUUUGACCGCAAUAGUCACCUUUAUUUAAAUUGUUGUGUCAUAGUUUUUGCUUCUUAAAUUGUUUUUUCAACCCAAACAUUACAAGUUCUAAGCAGACAGGGAAACUAAAUAAUAAGUUAAUCAAUAUAACAAAGCUGCAAGUGCCUACUCAUUUCAGUGCUGUCUGUGAAAGCAAAACUAAUAUUUAUUUUCUAGAUUAUCCUUGUGAAAAAUUGACAAGUUUUUGGAGUCAAGCAUGAAUAAAGGCGUAGCAGAAUAUAAUAA